CAUGAUUCCUCAUAUCUGCGAGCGAAAUGGUCCCAAUUCGACUUUUUCAUGCUUUUGAUGCACGUUCUCUCCUGUGCCUUACAUGCCUAUGAACUCUUCACCAUUCUCGUACCAUCACUUGGACUAGUGUAUCGGCCAUGGUUUGGUGUGAUUCGUUCGCCUCGACCAUUCAUCAUGUUGCGAUUUAUUCGGUCGUUAGUGAGAUUCAAAUUGCCGAAAAAUCGAAUCAAGCAAAUCAUCAAACGAUCCUCUCAACAAAUUCAAAACGUCACAAUCUUCUUCAUGUUUUUCAUGGCACUCUACGCUAUCAUGGGAGUUCAGCUGUUUGGUGAGUCAGCUCGCAACCUCAUUAGCGGCCCCCUCAUCAAUCAGUAA